UCUGCAGGAUGUACAGGCAGGACAGGGCGAAGAGGAUGACACGGGCCAGCCAGAAGAAGCGUCCGAAAACAGCGUGGAGCAAGUAGAAGAAUCCGCCCAGGAACAAGGAGAGGAACCAGUACGCCAGGAGGACGGCGGCCACAAGAAGCAGAGCACGUGCUGGGGAGUUGGCGAGCGAGGUGGGGCUGAAGUAGUGGGUAAGGUUCGAUGCUGCGGAGGAGGAGGAGAAGCAGGAGAGAAUCAGAGGUGGAACCGACCCAAAAGACACUUUGAAAUGAAGCUCAAGCCUUACAGUCGAUGCCCAUCACAUCCAGGAGGUCCGACCAAACCUUCCAGAUGGUGUCGAUGAAAGAGUCCACCCCAUGGACAAACCGCUCCGUCGUUUUGGAGAAGAACUGGAGAGCAGUAACAGUUUACUCAAAAAAUAUAUAUAUUAAUCGACACCAGUACUUUCUUUAAGACCCUACAAACUUCACAUGACAUGGCGGUGGAGUAAAGGCCAUUCUAUGACGUAGUGCAACACAAAGACGAGCUCAGAAAUGAAACUCAUGUCAAUACUCGGAAACUAAAUAUAGCGUCGUCAUUACAAAGUGGCUGCGGAGAGCACAAGCUUGAAGGUUCAAGAUGCAAGCAAGAUGUUCCUUAAAGCACUCGGUUAGCUCGGAACACGCCUCACUUCACACCGCAUGAAGAAGCGAAUUGUGACAUUCUGACUACAUGUGUUGGCAUCCGUCAAGUGCAGGCCCAAACCUGGAGGAACUGUUCCGAGGAAGAACAACCACGGACGCUACAAUAAUGCCAAAAUGGCGACAUGCACAGUUCAGACAGAGUACGAACAAGUAGAGCUACUGUGUUCACCGACCUUAUACAUCCCCCGAAUGUUGUCUUCCCCGAAAACAUUGCUCAGGGUCUGGUAAACACCGUUAGCUGCCCGGCGGAAGCUGUUUUGGUUGCUGGUCCUGCUCCUCGCCGCUUCGCCAGGGGAGAGGAAGCAGGCGCUCAGCACCAAGACAACCACUAAAAAACGCACUCCUUUCAUGGCACCGGUGUUCCAGGCUAAGUUAACCGACGACUGGCGGCAUAAACGACGGGGAAGGUUGGCGAACUCCACUGCGCCUCAGUGGGGGAGAACAGGAACUAGCUUUGAUGAUGACGAAGAUUCCGGUGAGACGUUCGCGUAACCUCGGAAUUUCGAAAGUCUGCACGCCAACGUUUACGGUAACGUUAUGCAGCAUUGCAAACACCUAUGUUUUAUUCUUAAACCUGAAAUUAAACAAGCGGUCAAUACAAUAAAUCAUAAUAUGACUGGAUACAUACAUUUAAAUCACCAUUGUAAACGGCGAAACGACAAGUGCGCGCGUGAGGUAUCCAGGCAACUACGCUCGGCAGCGUGCACAGUAAAGCAACAAACAAGAUACUGGUGAAUGAACAUGUACGGACGAGCCCCAAGAGUCACCGACCUGACAGCAGGUGGGACUCCUGCCGCGGUCGGACCCGGUUCUUAUAACAUUCUUGGAGAUGGGUUUCAGUUCUCAGGUGGCUAUGCGCCUUUCUUGUCCCUGGCUAAGAGGCUCUGUGAGUCCAGUGAGAACACACCGGGCCCUGGACACUAUGACCCCUCACCUGUUCAGGCCAACAUCCAUGGUGGGCGCAGUCUGCAGAACACUUCCAAACGCUUUCAGGUGGUCGCCCCUGAUGUUCCUGGUCCAGAAGAAGCCCAUGGUGACCUGGGACCUUCAGCGACCUCGCUAGAAAGCAUGAGGACGGAUCAAGCUGAGAAAGCUGCAAAGUUCACGGCUAAAAGACUCCGACUAGUUCAUCGGGCAGAUCCUCCCUCCAUUCCCUCCCCAGGCCAAGCCUUUGGCUAUGAGUUAGACAGAAGUGGUUUUCUCCGCAAGCAGGGGCCUCCAUCCAGAGAUACCACCCUUGGACCGGCCUACUACAAUCUUCCGCUGACGGAGAUUGCGUCUGCAGACAAGUACAAAGGCAUCCACUUUGGAAACAUGACGGGGAGAAGAGGACAGAGCGUGGGAGAGGAAGGUCCAGGUCCAGGACAUUAUGAUCCCGAGAUAACACUGGAAGCACAGUAUGAAAAGACGACUCUCCAAAGAAAGCAGAAGAGCAGAGCAGAGCUUUUCAUCCCUCGCUAUCAUGAGCUGCUGCCCAAAGAAGAGGAGAAGAAGGGCGUCCCUGGACCUGGACACUAUCAUAUCCAAAGUCAGUUUGAGAUGCCAAUAAAUCCAACGGGUGGCUCCUCCUUCCUCUCUAAAACAAAGAGGUUUCACCCUGUGAAGGAGGUAGCGCCUCCUGUUGGCUCGUACAAUGACCCGCGCUGUGCCCUGGAGCAGGUACAGAGGCCCACAGGAGCGAGGAAAAGCCCAUUUGGCAUCACCGCAGUGCGCUUCAUUCAUAACCAUAAAACAGACGCCGCACCAGGUCCGGGCUCCUAUGAUGUCUUUGAUUAUGGCUUGGCUCAAGAGAGUUUUAAGAAGGCCUAUUUGGAAAGGACCAAAAGAGGAGGAUUUGGCUCCACCGCACAGCGCAACUGCACCUUCUUCAGGAAGGACUCAGCGGACCGUCCGGGUCCUGGACAGUAUGAGACAGAAAAGAGGACGGAGGAGAGCUACAAGGAGAGGAACACAGCCCCGUUCAAAUCGGCGACUGGGCGUCUUUCAUUAUCUCCCUUGGCUAAAGAUUCCCCUCCGCCCAACAGCUACAAUGUUCGCUGGGCUCUCGAGAAAACAAAGAGCCACUCAUACGCAGAACCCAAAAGUGAUGAAGCCAAAAUCAGACAGAGCUGCUUCCUGUCAGCUGCAGCAAGAGAUAAUUUCUUCCUUCCACGCAACUCCUGCUCACCAGGACCUGCAAAGUACAACCCUCAUGUGAAGCUUGCUCCUCAGCUGUCUCUGAUGUGCUCCAGGGACGAGCGCUUCAAGAGCUCCGGGAACUGCAACCCUGGACCUGGUUCUUAUCAGGCAAUGCCGCAAAGAGUGGUAAAAGAGUGUGCUGCCCCAAAACUGAGCAAUUCUCCAUGCUGAACACGGAGGAAGUACUAAACUCAACUCAGCAGGAGUCUACUCCAGCUGUCACCACCGAGUUUAUAUAUAGUCCUUGUUGCCAAGUCUUCUCUCCCUCCAAUUGAAGAGUGUGUACUCGUCCAAUAUUUGCAUCCAUACAAUAGAAGUCUUUUGUCAGAACUGCGUUGAACUGAUGUUCUUUUCCAGAAUUACUGAUUUUAAAAAGCUUUAUAUUGUGAUAAGCAAUAAGAAAAUAUUAGUAUUUUUUUUUAAAGAGCAACAAGUUUGAGGCGAACCUGGUUGCUGCUUGUGAGUGCAGUUUCUCCCUGUGCUUGUGUGGGUUUUCCUUUAGGCACUUCCUCCCACAAUCCAAGUGAACUGAAUGGUGAUUGUAUACGGAGCAAUAUUAUGAACACAAUAUGAGCAAUUGCAAAAGGUUUUUCUGUUUUUUUUUUCAAGGUGAACAAAAUGAUUAUCAGUUAUUAGCACAACAUUUAUAAAUUCACGACAUUGUCAUGCUGCUUGUUGAGCCUGUGUGGAAGAUUCACUCAAAAUACCGACUUCAUGGAGACCAAAGGCAAAACAAAACCGUCCAACACGACCCAGUCUGACCCAUAGAAAGUGUCCUGAAAAUAUUAUUCUUACUGGGCAAAACGGUAACAGAGCGAUGGAACAUAUUGCGCUUAUAGUUUGUUCAGUAUAUUUUAUCUGUCAAUGUGAGUAUGAGUGGUCGGGUGUUUAGGUUGGGGGGAAACUCUAAAACUAAUCAUGACGAAAUAUUUUCAAGCAAAAUAGCUUAUAGCUAGGUUUAUGUUCAAGUGCUUAAGUAUCCCUGUUGUUUUAUUUCACACCUUUUAUUGUUAAUUUCAUUUUUGAUUUUGAAUUUUUAGAUUUUAUUUUCUUCUUUUUUUAAAAAAUGUAUUUCCUUUCUUUACCUGA